AUGAUUCAAAAACAACACGCCAACCUGGACACGUCAACCUCCCAGCCUUUCCAGCCUUCAGCAGACCCUACUCAGCGCUGGGGGUCAUGGAUGAACCAUAAAUACUACACGCUGACUGUGGCCCAGCAGCCCCUUCGAGCCCGGAUGUGCGGAUUCGGUGACAAAGACCGCAGGCCUCUCGCGCCUGCCGCGGUAGCCAAGAUGAUUGUACAUAGGGAAGACAACACCCUGAUUGAACCCGAUGACCUCGACUGCUCAUUUUUCCUAGUGACCGUCGACCUCUGGUCAGCGGACGGUAAGCGAGAAAUGAAUCUCGUCCUUCACCCGUCGUCCUCCAACGAGCGAUACAUGCCAGCAAGCGCUGGCAAGCCUCGCAAACGCAGUAGCAACGCGUCCGAUACCUCCCGGGGACAUCCGAGUCCUUCUUCCCCUUCCUCAGCAUCGGCUUCGUCCCAUCAACAGACCAGUGUGGAACAGCAGACCAGCACACGUUCAGCUUCUUACCCUCAGCCGCCUUAUGGCAGUCCGACCUAUACUUAUGCUCAGCAAGGACAACCGGUUCCCGAACAGAUGACCAUCGCACCGUACAACGCCCCGGUAAACUCUUCCACCGGCUGGAGUGCGUCCCGGUCAACAGCCGCAGGGUCACCUCCGGGAGAAGGUUGGCAAGCUGGGCCAGCCAGUACCUACCGAACCUGGCCCGGCGCAUCGUCCCAGUACCAAGGUGCAGUCGGCGGCCAAGAAGGUGCUGCCUUUGGGGGGCCGGAGAUAGACCCAAGACAUCACCAUGGCUCGGCGUCCUCACAGCCCGAUGCACGUGAACCAGCACCGGGAGCUUGGCCACACACGCAGCAACAAUCCACACCAGAGCAAGCGCACCCACAGAGCAGGUAUCCCGAUCAAUACGCGUCCUCCCCCACUAUGGGCUACGAAAGCCAGGCUGAGUACGGUCCGUCGUCGGCAUACGCUCAGCCAUCAUACUACCAGGGCAAUUAUCCACCUCAAAGCCCCACGCCGCCUCCUGCUAAUAUCUCGCCAUCAGCCAGGCAUACGUAUACGCGCACCCUCGUUGGCCCACUAUCUGCCAACGCCUGUCGUUUGGUAGACGACCAACACAAGCCGGGCAUUUUCUUUCUCUUCCAGGAUCUGUCGGUACCUUCCGGCUGCGCCUACGCCUCAUGA